AUGGAGUGCGAAAAUCAAACAGCACUGAUGUAUUUUGUCCUCUUGGGGAUUCCAUACCCACCUGAGCUACAUGCUGCUUUAUUUUGCUUCUUUUUGUCCAUCUACUUGCUGACCCUCCUUAGUAAUCUCCUGGUCCUCUUGGCUGUGAUAUGCGAACCACAGCUGCACAAGCCCAUGUACUGGUUCCUCUGCCACUUGUCCGUCUUGGACAUUGCCACCUCGACCGUAGUGGUGCCCAAAUUGAUUGCUGGGUUUGUGGAGGGUGGUGGGACCAUCUCCUUUGCUGGUUGUGUGAGCCAACUCUUCUUCUACCACUUUGUGGGGUGCACAGAAUGCUUCCUCUACACCGUGAUGGCUUAUGACCGCUUCCUGGCCAUCUGCCGGCCUCUCCAUUAUGGCACCCUCAUGAACCGCAAUGCCUGCCUCUGGCUUGCUAUUGGCACAUGGGCAGGUGGUUGUUUCCACUCAGCCAUGGAGACAGCUCUCACCUUCCGCUUGCCCUAUGGACCAGGGAAUGAGGUGAGGUAUAUCUUCUGUGACAUUCCAGCUGUGCUGAAACUUGCCUGUGCUGAUACAACCCUCAAUGAGAUGGUGACCUUGAUUGAUGUCGGUCUUGUAGCCAUGACUUGUGUUUUCCUUCUCCUUAUUUCUUAUAUGUACAUUAUUUUGGCAGUCCUAAAGAUUCGUAGUGCUGAGGGGCGGCGGCAUGCCUUCUCUACAUGUACAUCCCAUAUCAUUAUUGUAAUGAUCUGCUAUAUUCCUCUAACCUUUACUUAUUUAAGACCAGGAGCACAAGAUCCACUGGGAGGGGUGGUGGCUGUGUUUUACACCACAGUGACUCCCUUCCUGAACCCUGUCAUAUACACUCUGAGAAACAAGGAGAUGAAAACUGCUGUCUUGAGACUAGGAGGCAGGAAAGCAUAG